AUGCCCUGCUGUGGGGCGAUGCUCUGCCCGCCAUGCCUGCCCUCGCCGCCAACGGUGGAGGGGGUCUCGCGGGGGGAGCGGCUCUGCCCGGUCUGCCAUGAGGAACCCGGUGAGUCCCCCAUUAGCCACCCACACAACGACGAGCGCCUUUCACACCUCGUCAAGGAACUCAAGGUGCUCUAUUUACCACAGUUGAGGGCUUUGAGACAGGCGCGGGAGUCCCCGGGAUACUCUACACGCGGGCUUCUUUUGGCGAAUACCUCGCCUAUCCUCGGACCCAUGUAA